CCGUUCCGGGCGAGGCGGCGGCGGCGUUGGCGCCGGGAUGGAUCGGGAGCUGCUCCGGCAGGCGCUGAACCACCACGGCCCGGCGCUCCUGUCGCUGCUCCGCGCCGAGCAGCACGACAAUCCCGACUUCCGCGGGCUGCUGCCGCCGCCCGGGGCCGCCCCGGAGCCGCCUCGAGGGGCCUCGCCGGCCGCCUGGAAAGAGAGGGCGAGCAUCGACACCGAGAUAAAGCGCUUCAUCGCCAAGAAGGCGGAUCUGCUGUUCGCGCACUCGUGGAAACCCAACGGGCCGAUCGAGGACAGCAUCGAGGAGAAUGAGGAGUGUUAUGCUGUCAUGCCACCCCUGGAGAGGUUCCUGGAGGUGCCCAGGGAGGAGAGGAGAGAGCUGUUCUUCCGCGACAUCGAGCGGGGUGAUAUCGUCAUUGGGAGGAUUACAUCUAUCCGUGAAUUUGGCUUUUUCAUGGUGUUGAUUUGUCUGGGAAGUGGUGUCAUACGGGAAAUUGCAGAUUUGGAAAUCACUGCCCUGUGUCCUGUGAGGGAUGUGCCUCCUCAAAGCAACCAUGGAGAUCCUCUGUCAUAUUAUCAAACUGGAGACCUUAUCCGUGCUGCGCUCAAGGACGUUGACCGCUACCACGAGAAGCUGGCAGUGUCGCUUUACAGCUCAGCUCUUCCACCCAAGCUUUCCAGUACAAAGCUGGGUGUGAUCACCUCUGAUGACUUCCCACUGCAUUAUAAGAGAAGCCUGGAAGUUGCCAACACAGGAGAGACAUUUGAAGAGGUUUUGCAUCGUUCCCCAGGAUUUGCUAAUCCAUCAUUAGUUGAAUAUUUAGCAGAAAAACUGGGACUAAGUGAGUCAAAUCCACCGUCUUUGCUGAGAAGUCUUCAAAUUAAAAAUUUCAGUGAAGAAGAUUUUGCCCCUGCAUUGAGGAAAAAGCAGUCUGCAUCUUGGGCCUUGAAAUGUGUAAAGGCUGGGGUGGAUUAUUUUAAGGUUGGGCGCCACGUGGAAGCCAUGAAUGAGUACAACAAGGCUUUGGAAAUUGAUCCCCAAAAUGUUGAAGCUUUGGUAGCGCGUGGAGCUCUGUAUGCAACCAAAGGAAGUCUGAACAAAGCCAUAGGGGAUUUUGAAGUUGCUUUAGAAAAUUGUCCUACCCAUAGAAAUGCAAGGAAAUAUCUGUGUCAGACCCUUGUGGAAAGAGGCGGGCAGUUAGAAGAGGAAGAGAAACUGCUAAAUGCUGAAAGUUAUUAUAAAAAAGCCUUGAGCUUGGAUGAGACUUUUCAGGAAGCAGAAGAGGCCUUAACAAAACUCCGUAAGCACAUGCAGAAAUCUUUGGAAAUGAGGGAGAAACAAGCUGCCAAAGAAGAGAGACAGAAAGCAAAGAAAAUAGAAACAAGUGCAGAAAAAUUGCGUAAGCUCUUAAAAGAAGAAAAGAGGUUGAAGAAGAAAAGGAAAGUAUCAACUUCCUCCUCCUCCUCUUCUUCUUCUUCAUCCUCCUCCUCAUCAUCAAGCGAUUCAUCAUCAGAUGUAUCAGCUUCUUCCUCCUCCUCUUCCUCUGUUCACAAGAAAUGUAGGAAAAAGCGUCGGCAUAGAUCUGAGUCUGCUCGCAGCUCCAAAAAAAGCUCAUCUAGAGCUUCUUCCCAUUACAAAGAUCAGAAUAGGAAAGAGGAGUGGUAUUCCCCUCCAGCUGAUACCUCUGCUUCCUUUCUUAACCAAAGUUUUGAAGUGGAAAAGCUGCUGGAAAGGCAGGACAGCGUAGCGUGCCCAAAAAUGGAGGGAAAAGAGAAAGACAGACACUGUUCUUUUUCGAGGACUUCAGGUGAUGAUGAAGACACUUUUGGAGGUAGGUCUGAAGAUUCAAGAGAUUCUUACAGUAGCUCCAGAAGUCAGCCAAGUCAUAGCAAAACUGAAAAAUACAGUAAACCAGAGAGAUUUUUCUCCAGUUGGAGGGGUCCUUCAGGUUCGUAUCAUAAAUCAGAUUAUAAACCCAGGAUGCAUUAUCACAGGAGAUUUGAAAGGGAUGGAGAGUGGAGAAGGGAGCAGUUUAAGAGACAUGGCUCAGGUCAAGACAGGUGUUACAUGUCCCCAGGGUCUGACUAUUAUGGCAGGUCAGGGGGGAAGUACAGGUCAUAUUCUAGCAGCUGCUCACAUGAAGGUGACAAAGGUUAUGAUAGUGACAGGCAGCAUAAAAAUGAAAGUGAGUCUAAGAAUAGAAAAAUAAGUUAUGAAGAGACUGAUAAAACAAAGGAACCAGAUGAAGUGUCAUUAAAUGGUACAGAAGAAGCAGAAAGUGGUGUUAAAAGAAACCUGCCCCAGAACUUAGUUAACAUUUUUAAUCAGAUAGCUGAGUUUGAGAGGGAAAAAGGAAGUAAGCAGAAGAAACAGUGAAGUACCUGAGAAUACACUACUUGGAUGAGUGUAGUUGUGUCAACUUUUAACUUAGUAUCUUGUAAGGAAACACACACAAAGUGUGAGAGAAAGGCAGAAUUUUUUCUGCAUUUCAGAAUGUCAAAGAAUUCUAAAAGAUCAUAUGGAUCAUAUGGUGGAAAGAGAUGGAAGAAUAUCUUACAUAAAACAUCAGUUAUUUAAAAUACAAGUUUCCUGUGCUCUUAAUUUGAGGUGUUCCUGUACAAUAUUCUGUCUGAUGGGCUGAAAUCCCUUGAUACCCCUGGGUAUAGUUAGCUAUGCUCACAUCAAAUAAGCACUUUAACAACAGCUGGGCUUGGUUUUCCUUGUCCCUGGGGUACUAUUGACUGUUGAUAUUCUUCUAUCAAACUUAACUUCCAGCUAUAGAAAAGGGAUGACAGAAUGAAGUCAUGUGCCAUCAAUGUAUAUAGCCCACUUGAUCAUUAAAUUUUCUUAAUUUUUCUUAAUUUUUUGUGUCUGGGUUUUUGUGAAUGUUGCUGGGAUGUUUCAUCCUAGUGCACCUUUUCAUUUGCUGCCUACUCCAUGGAACCCUGCUGCGUCUGUGAAGGCAAGUGUAUUGCAUGUUCUCUGAGAGUAAUGUAAAAAACCCAAACCCCCAACUUGAAGCAGAAGAACAAGUUUUGCAACACCAUUUAUUGUCUAGAUAAGCUCAAGCAUGAACCCUUGGUUUGAGCUGUGGGGGGGAUUUGCUUACAAGUGCUUGGAGGCAGCAGUUGUGUUGCUGAAGAAAAGGUUACAUGGUUUACAGGGAGAUCUGCAAAGGUGAGUGGCAGAACCACACAAUGACAAUUGUCCUUCAGCUGCAAGUCUUCCAGGUAACUCCAUGGAUAUUAGUUUGUUGCAGAAAGUAAGAAAUCUCAAAUAUAGUGGCCUGUAAAAAAUGACUUAACUUUUCCUGCGUUCAGAAAUCCCAGAGGUGCUGCCCCUGCUGGCUGGCUG